GCUUUCAGCAGUCAGCUGUCAACAGGCUGGGCAUGAAAUCGGGCUCAGACAACGACGCAGUACGUGGAAGUGAUAACAAUACAACGUUUUGUCACUGUCCUGUAAAACUGUUCAUAUCCAUUCAGUGGAUUUUGCAAUCGUGCUUGCUCGAGAGAUGAUGAACUCGGGACACGAUCAUUGAACACUAUGGACGUGUGAGAGUCGACUCUACAUGAAUGCAGACGCUGAGGCGAUGCUGGAUUGAAUGGCACUGAGGAUACGAGGCUGUGACCCAGCAGGAGCGCUGCGAUGGCCAGCUGCCACAGUAGCCAUGCAGACACCGCCGAAGCUCCUCCUCCCUCAGCCUCACGGCCGCCAGCCAUGCCCAAGCUCCACGUCCAGGGCUCGCUGUCCCGGAAGUCAAUCACCAUCCACUUCUCGCCCCUGGGCGAGCAGGAGGAGGAGAAGGAGGAGGAGCUCUAUGGGGCAGUUGUGUCCUCUCCUCUUCCCCCUGCUGGACCCAUAAAGGACCCCCCAGGCAUUGUGACGGCCCUGGAGGCCAGCGAGGAUCUGAUCCUUGAUGGAGCCGGGUUGGACUCUGAGGCUCAGGCUGCAGUUCUGCCUAUGUUGUCCUCAACUGGUCCUCAAAGCUCCAUCACCUCCACGUUACCCUCUGAACUGAAAAGCUCCUCUCCUUCCCCUGCCACCACCUCCAAAUCCACUUCCUCCAAGUCUAGCGACAAACCUUUCUUCAGCCUGGUCAAGUCUCUAUCCUCUGACAUCAUUGAGCCUUCUGAAAAUGUCUCCAUCUCCCCCGCUGCCUCCACUUCUGUGCGCCACUGCCACCCGAUGAAAACCCUGGUCAAGUCACUCUCCUCUGACACCUCCCAGGAAUCCCCCCCUUCCUCCUCCUCCUCGCCCUACCGCCUCUCGGACUCCCGCCUCAACCUGCACCUCUUCAAGCAGUUCACGCAGUCCCGUGCCCCAGUAGGUGUCGUUGCCGGGGCUGACUCAAAGACCGCCCCCUCCUCGACGCUCACCUCCCCAGACAGCCGCAACUUCUUUAAGGCGUCCGUGGAGGCGAGCAUCGAGGACACUAAGCGCCGUUUCUCCGAGGCCAUCUACGAGCCUCUCCAGCUGUUCAAUAAGAUCAUGGAGGACAAGAGUGGAGGCAUUGGCAGCAGUGCCUUUCGGUCCAAAGCGCUCUCGACCAGUGCUUCGGAGCUCACCUGCCUGGCCUCCCUCAACAACGGCCAACCGGAGAGCAACAACAACAACAACUACAGCAUCAAGGAGGAGGAAACCGGAGAUGACUGGGAGUCUGAGGGAACUGGAAACGGAGCCAGCUCUCCAAAUCCCACCUCUGACACCAGAAGUCCUAAAAUGUCUUCCGCCUCUCUCAGCCUGGACAAUUGCUCCAUGUCAGCCCUGGCCAAGCUGGAGGACGAGGACUUCUGCAUCCUGUCUAGUGAGGACUUUGAGGAUAUCGAGGGCGAUUAUGGAGACACAACCGACAAUACAUGUAGCCAAGUCAGACUGCCGCCUAGUGGCAGUCCAGAACUAUGCAGUGAUGACAAGUCAGAGGGAGAAGGUCCGCCACCCAGCAUUCCACACUACACCCUGAUCAUCAUCACAGCGCUGGUCUACGGGUACUUCGUGUUGCCCCUGCCCACCUACGUUGGGGGUAUGCUGCUGGGAGUGGGACUAGGGUUCAUGCUAGCUAUCGCUGUGGUGUGGUUGGCCGGACCCAAGCCUUCUGGCAAUCGCACCAGACAUCCCAGACAUCAGGGGAGGCUGAGGAACAUGGCCCAGCUGGGCAUCAAAGAGCCAAGCAUCUUCAAGGGCUGGAUGAACGAGAUAGUGAACUACGACCCAGAGACAUAUCACGCCACUCUGACCCACUCUGUGUAUGUGAGACUGGAGGGCUCCAUCCUGCGCCUGUCCACACCCAACCGCAACAUCGCCCGACGGGCCACCCAUAACGAAACCAAGCCCGACGUCACCUAUAUCAGUCAGAAGAUCUACGACCUCACUGACAGCAAGAUCUAUCUGGUGCCCCAGAGUCUGGCCAGGAAGCGUGUGUGGAACAAGAAGUACCCUAUCCGCAUCGAGCUGGCCAAGCAGGACGACUUCAUGUCCAAGGCAGAGGGCGACCACAGCGAAACCACACACGAGAGAACCACGGCCACAGGAGAGGCGACCGUGGGGACGGAGGAGGCCAAAAGGUCCGGUGGUCCUGAACUGACCCUGUACCUGUUUGGUCGGACGGGGAGGGAGAAGGAGGAGUGGCACCGGAGGAUCCUGUUGGCCUCCAAGCCCCCCAAGACGGGGAUGAAGAGAGUCACCGGUCUGCAGGGGAGUAAGACUGCCUUGUGCUCCCACAGCCGCAGCAGCAGCCGGAGCAGUCUGGACGAGGUGCUAGCGUCUCAGCCCAGGACCAGGGACUCAACAGCAGGCAUAACAGCCAAGACCAAGUCCCUACUGGACUACAGUGUCUACAUGGCCACCCUGGUGCCCCCUGAGACUGGCACUGCCACUUCUACUGCCACCCCCAUCGCUGCCACUAGUCCCGUAGUCCAGAGUCCACAGAGUAGCCCAGGGUCGGGCAAGAAGUUGCAGAGCAGCAGCAGCUUUGACCCUGUCGUUUUGCUGGGGGAGGAGGAGCCUGUUGCCUGGGUAAACUCUGUGAUUGGCCGGGUGGCAUGGGACUUCCUGGGCGAGCCCUACUGGGCUGACGUGGUCUCCAAGAAGAUCCAGAUGAAACUCAGCAAGAUCCGGCUCCCCUACUUCAUGAACGAGCUGACCCUGACAGAGCUGGACAUGGGCGUGGCCACUCCCAGAAUCCUUGGCGCCUCCAAACCCUCAGUUGACCAUCAAGGUCUGUGGUUUGACUUGGAGAUUUCGUACAGCGGCUCCUUCCUGAUGACCCUGGAGACCAAGAUGAACCUGAUCAGACUGGGGAAGGACGGCGACUGUAUGCGCUUCAGAGACCUCGGCAAGGAUGGGUACAGACCACGGACGUACUGCCUAGCUGACAGUGAUGAGGAGUCAUCCAGUGCUGGGUCCUCAGACGAAGAGGAUACUUCAGAGGUCACCAAUGACGUCCCUGGAGCAGAGGGACACAUGGGGGGCCGUCAGCCCAGUAAGAUCAUGCGCUUCGUGGACAAGAUCGCCAAGUCCAAGUACUUCCAGAAGGCCACCGAGACGGAGUUCAUCAAGAAGAAGAUGGAGGAGGUGUCCAACACGCCCCUGCUGCUCACCGUGGAGGUUCAGGAGUUCAGGGGCACGCUGGCUGUCAACAUCCCACCCCCGCCCACUGACAGGAUAUGGUAUGGUUUCAGGAGUCCACCCCACUUGGAGCUGAAGGCUCGGCCCAAACUGGGAGAGAGAGAGGUCACACUGGCCCACGUCACCGACUGGAUCGAGAAGAAACUGGACCAGGAGUUUCAGAAAAUCUUUGUCAUGCCAAACAUGGAUGACCUGUGGCUGACCAUCAUGCACUCUGCCAUGGACCCCCGCUCUUUUGGAACGCCCUCCACCUCCACCUCCACCGUCGAUACGACCCAGAGGGAAGCCGAGCCCUCCGAAACAGAGGGGGGCGCCACUAACGGCAUAUGAAGGAUUGUUUACAGUAUUUGCCUGAAACGUGUGAAUUAGAAUGGGAGCCAGGGGGCCUUGUAGUAGUAUAAGGCCUAUUGGUGCAUAAGGACAUGCAAAAAGACUUCUGUUACCACAUUGACAUUCCAAUAGCUCCAUACCCAAGGGACUUUUUUGUCACUGGCAGAACAGGAUGACCUCAGUCAUCAGAUGAACUUUGACUUUUUAACAAGCUCACUGACCGAACGAGACAGAAGUCAGUCAACCAACCAGGAAGGAGAAACACUAAAAAUAAAAACUCACUUUCUUCUCUGUUUUUUAAUCUGUGUAGGAUGAACAGACUUAGAAAAGUAGAUUUUUCUCAGAAUGGCAGAAAUGUAACAGUGAUACAACCUAGUGGUAUAGGUGGAGCGGUGUGGAGAGUUUUUGUGAGUUAUAAGGUUACACAGUGUCCUAUGAACACAUGGUUAUUUCGCAUUCGCCGUUCACCUUACGUCCUUGGUAGGAAACAACUUAAGUUUGGGGACCCAAAUCAAGAGGGAGAAUGAAGUGAAAAGAAAUGGUUGAAUGAGACGCGCAACCUCUGGAUUAUACUUUUGUUAUUGUACGGGUAUGUCUGCAAGAGAGUGCAUGUGUGUGUGUGAAGCCUGACACUAAAAGCAGGAGUGCAUACUUUUGUUAGUGUACGGGUAUGUCUGCAAGAGAGUGCAUGUGUGUGUGAAGCCUGACACUAAAAGCAGGAGUGCAUACUUUUGACAAUGUCACAUGUAUUAUUUGCCAUAUGAUAUAGGACAUCUAAUGCACCCUAUGCUUUGUCCAGGUGAACACGAAGUGUAUUCACUUGUGUUGUGACCCCACAUCUCUUACUGCUCGGGGUAGAAGUUCCCCUUUACCACAGGUCUCGAAUCAGAUUACCCCAAAUCCUAACCAUUUUGUGGAUGAGAAAAUGUCUGACCCUAAAGCAGUGGUAAGGGGGAAAGUUCUACCUACAGUAUUCCCCUCUUAACUGUACACCACACCGCUGUAUUAUGCAAAUGAUCACUGUGUCCAUAUCUGUAUGGAGGCAGCUAUAUGAAGCCCCUCCCCUCAAUUUUCUCUGCAAGCCAAUGCUAUAGGGUUAGCCGUCAUUACCUAGGCAACAUGUGUCUUUAAUUCACUAAUGCCUAUGCAAGUUCCUUGCUAACUAAGGACAUGGACAUGAGGUGAGCAAUGAGAAAAUAGUGUGUGUGUGUAUAUAUAUAUAUAAUCUUGUAAAGAUAUGUAUUUCUGAAAAGGUGUACAUAAUGGGCCUAACACUUUUGUUGAAUGUAUGUAUGUAUGGCUAUAUUGACAUUGGACUGUUUUAUUGUUUGUUGUAUGGAAACUAUUCCUAACCAAUCACAUGGAUUAUGUUGAUUGGGGUAUGCCAAGUAUUGCACAACAAAACAGAAGUUUUGAUGUAUGUUUUCCUGGUAAACACUAUUAAUGAAAUACUAUCUACAGACAUGUAUUGCAUAUUUGCAGUGCUAUUGUGUUAUGCUCUCUAGCAUGUACAAUACCCGUGGCACAUGUUGAGACCAUUCCUGUUGUACUCGGAACAACAGGUUUUCAUGUUGUUGUUUUUUUCAAAUGAUGUAGGAAGUGUUAUGCAUUUUUUAAAUGUUUUAUGUAUUUUCAAAUGGCCAUCAUCCACAGUUGCCAAUGCAUGGAAAUGAGCCCCCUUACCAGACGUGCUAAAUGACACUUGGUAGAGUUAAACUAUAUGAUGUACUGUGCCCUUUGCCAAAACCAUCAUUAAUAUUAAAAUAAACUGUUAACUCAAACCAUAAUUGUAGUCUCAAAUCAUCACUUUUGAAGUCUGAAUCACCUCCUAUACUCUACUGUUAUGUUUUCUUCAUUUUGAGGUUAAGUUUUAAAUGCACAGUUUUAGCAUAGGAAUUCAUGUAAACAAAUCCAAUUUGUUUUUCCAUUCGUUCCAUUUAUUUGUCAGGACACUAAAUCACUGUUGUAGAAUGUCAUUGAUGAAGGAAUAUCGUUUUUUAACUUUCCUUCUACUUCUAAUUUGGUGUCUUGUUUAAUUUUCGUUUUAGCGAUUAUUCAGUUAGUAAUAUUAUUAUUGGAACCCUUGAUUAAGAUGAGGCAAAAAUACUAAAAUAUAUGAUACAAAUACUGCGCUAUAUUGCAUGCAAUUUUAUGUUGAAACUGUGAUUUAUUGUAUAUUAACACAAUUGCCCAGAGAAAGAGGUUUAGUUUCAAAAGUAAUAAAACAAUUCUCAAAAUGAUAGGUGUCAAAGUUAUUGGCCCCCCUGUUUUCAGUACUCCAGCACCAUACCUUUGUGAGGAUAACGACACUGAGCCUUUAAAGAAAAAGAUUAGAGAAGACAGUGGGAGGGAUCUUGGAACGUUCAUCCAUACAGAAUCUUUCCAGAUCCUUGUUAAGGGGAUGGUGCUAAGACUAUUGAAAACAGGGGUGCCAAUAAUUUUGACCCCUUUUUUAAAAUAUAUAUUUUUUUAUUGUUUAGCAAAAUCUCGUUCUCUGAGCAAUUUUAUUAGUAUAAAAUAAUAGAAUUCCCCAGUUUUUUGGAGUGUACAAAAUAGCUCAGUAUUUGUAUUUAUUUUAUACAGUAUUUUUGCUCAUCUUUAUCAAGGGUGCCAAUAAUUAUGGACCUGAAUGUAGGUCUAGUACCAGGUUGGAAUUAGAAUGUUUUGUAACACUUUGUCUGCUUUCCUGAAAUACAAUGACAGAAUGAUGAUAUGAAUACCACAUCAGAUUUAUAAUAAUAAAGAGUUGAUGAUUCUGCAAAUAGAUGGCUUAUUUAGAUUUUUAAGGACAAAUUUGUUGAGCCUCAUCCAUGUCUACUGCUUGGCUGAAACUUGGUCUCUUAGUUGGUUGAGACCAAGUUUCCCUAAAGGAAGUGCUUUAAAAUAAUGCCUUUUUAUUUUUACAAAUGUUGAUUUUGCAGGCCUUGUUAUUUUCUGUUCUCGAUUUUGUAAGACUGAAUUGCAAUGGUAUUAUGGUACAAAUGAUAAAGAUCAACUUGCUUUGUAAUUAUUUGCUCUUGAUUGAAAUAAAGAUUUUUUUUAAUAAACCAA